CGACACGGUGUCAAAAGAGAACAUCUAUUUGAUGGAAAGAAGUUUUUUGUGUCUCGGGAAUACCUUGAAGAUGCUGCGGGAAGAGACGUUUGGGAGAUAUUAAAAGAGUCUGCUCGGAUUUAUAUUGUUGAAAAAUAUGAAGAGGCCGACUUUUGCUUGAUUGGGAAACGAGAAAUUUUGAAGGGAAGAAACGUCUAUACAAGAGAACAAUUUUUGAAAGCACUGCCAUUUCCAAAAUGUGUGUUUCAGACCUUGGGAACGUGUGAUAAGGAUUCUUUAAUGUCCGAUUGA